AGUUAUCAAAAUCUUCCAAAAAAAAGAAAAAAUAAAACAUAAAAUUUUAUUGUAGAUGAAUAUUUCGCGAAAAUAAAGCGUUUUCUUGAGUUAAAAUAAUCAAAAUGUAAAUAAAUCAAAGGAAAAUUAAUUUUAAAAUAAUUGAAUGCCGUAAGAAUGACUUAUAUAGUCAAGAAAGGUGCCAUAAAGUCUCUAAGUAAACAAAGAAACGAAAUAAUAUUAAAUUUCAUCACAUAUAUUUUGGUUACGGUCCUCGUCUUUGGGGCCAUUGUAUUUUUAUGGGAUUAUUUUGGUAAAAACAAUACAGGAGAUAAUUAUAAUGAAGAAAUAUCAUUAGAUAUAAAUCACAUUAGUCAAAUAACAUUAGAAGAUGAUUUAGAAUUAGCAAAAUCACGUAACGAAAAUUGUACAUUUUGGACUUGUUUCAAUGUUUACAGAUGUGGUCAAAGAGAACAAGAUCGUAUAUCAAUUUAUAUAUAUCCAUUACAUGAAUAUAUUAAUUCAGAAGAUAAAAAGGCUUUUGUCUUAACAAGAGAAUACUAUGAAAUUUUAGAAACUAUAUUGGAUAGUCCAUAUUAUACACCGAAUCCGAAUGAUGCGUGCAUAUUCAUUCCAAGUAUAGAUACUUUAAAUCAAAAUUUAAUCGACAUAACCUUGGUUAGUAAAUCUUUAGCAACUCUAAACUAUUGGGAAAAUGGAGAAAAUCAUUUACUUUUUAAUAUGCUUCCUGGAGCAUAUCCACAAUUUAAUACCGUAAUGGAUGUAAAUACUGAUCGCGCUAUGAUAGCGGGAGCUGGAUUUGAUUCAUGGUCUUAUAGAAUGGGUUUCGAUAUAUCGCUGCCGAUUUGGAGUCCAACAUUAAGAGAUUUACAAAUGCCAGUUUUCUCAUAUUCUAAAUCACAUGAUAAUUAUUUACUUAUUAUUGGUCAACUUAAUUUACUGCCGCAACAUAUACGUAUAUUAAGGGAAAUUGCUACUGAGAAUCCACACCAAGUAUUAUUUUUAAAAUCAUGUCCAGAAUUGAAUCUCAAUAAUGAAGGAAUAUUUAGUAAGGAAACAAGAUGCAAUCAAGUUAUUGAAGACGAGAAACACAUGUAUCCUGAUAUUCUUGCAAAAAGUUCAUUUUGUUUAAUCAGCCGUAGUGUUCGAUUAGCUCAACCAGAUUUCCUUGAAAUUUUAUCACACAAUUGUAUUCCCGUAGUUAUGAUUGAUAAUUAUGUUAUGCCAUUCAGUGACGUAAUUGACUGGGACCUGGCAUCAAUAAGAAUAAGAGAGGCUGAUUUACAUUCCGUGCUUGAUAAAUUGAAAGGUGUUUCAAAAGAAAAAAUUUCUGAACUAAAAGCGCAAGGAACUUGGUUAUAUGACAAUUAUUUUAGUAGCAUAGAAAAAAUUACCGAAACAUCAUUAGAAAUACUUAAUGAUCGAGUUUUUCCACAUUUAGCAAAAACUUCAAAGCAGUGGAACAGUAGAGAUAUCUCAAAAACUGCUCAAAAUCCUUUAUUUUUACCUAUUAUCUCACCAAAAUCACAAGGAUUCACCGCUGUGAUACUAACAUACGAUAGAAUUGAAAGUUUAUUUACAUUAAUACAAAAAUUAUCGGUUGUACCGUCAUUACAGAAAAUAUUAGUAAUUUGGAAUAACCAAAAGAAAUCUCCACCUCAUCCUUCAAUGUUUCCUAAAAUUAGUAAACCGCUUAAAGUUAUUCAAACAAGAGCAAAUAAAUUAUCAAAUCGUUUUUAUCCGUAUGAUGAAAUAGAAACAGAAGCUAUUUUAACUAUUGACGACGACAUUAUUAUGUUGACUGCUGACGAAUUAGAUUUUGGAUACGAGGUAUGGCGAGAAUUUCCAGAUAGAAUUGUUGGUUUUCCUAGUCGAACACAUGUUUGGGAUAAUGUUACACAUAAAUGGCGUUAUGAAUCUGAAUGGACAAAUGAAAUUUCCAUGGUAUUAACUGGAGCAGCUUUUCAUCAUAAAUAUUGGAGUUAUAUGUAUACAAAUGAAAUGCCUGGUGAUAUUAAAAAUUGGGUUGAUGAUCAUAUGAAUUGUGAAGAUAUUGCUAUGAAUUUUCUGGUUGCUAAUGUUACAAAUAAACCACCAAUUAAAGUUACACCACGAAAGAAAUUUAAAUGUCCCGAAUGUAUAAAUAAUGAAAUGCUUUCUGCAGAUUUAAAUCAUAUGAUGGAAAGAUCUGCAUGUAUAGAUCGAUUUGCUCGAAUAUAUGGAACAAUGCCAUUAAAAAGUGUAGAAUUUCGAGCAGAUCCAGUUCUUUAUAAAGAUAAUUUCCCAGAAAAAUUAAAACGCUUUAAUGAUAUUGGCAGCUUAUAAAUUAUUUUUGAAAAAAAUACAUAAAUUAUUAGAAAAAAACGAAAAAUAUAUUCAAAAUAUAAAAUAUAUAUUUAGAAAUUGAGAUACGUUUAAUUGGUUAAAUUGAUGAAAAUUUAUCGGCCAGUAAAAAUGUAGCAGCAAAUAUAAUAAAUAAUAAAAUGAAAAAAAUAAUUUAGCAUUAUCUAAAAUGCAAGUGAAAUAAAAUAGAAUAUAGUAAAUAAAUUUUACUGUAAAAUUUAAAUUUUUUUCAUAAUUUUAAGGGAAAAGUUUAGAGAAAACAAUGUAUAUUUUAAAUGUUUGUUUUAAAGCAUGCUUAUUAUAUGUUAAAUAAUAUGUGUAUAACGAAAAUUAAAUUGUAAAUUUUUUAAUUUAGAUUUUAAGAACA